CUCUCGUUAUUAUUCCUUUCUUCUUCCCCUCUUCCUCUUCCUCCUCCUCCUCCACCGGCGGGGGAGAGAUCCUUCCUUCCUCUGCAGCAUCAGCAGCAGCGUCCGAGCCGAGCGCAGGCGAAGAUGCUGGACAUCCAGAAGCGACGCGUGCAGCUGCUGCUCUUCGUCACGGGCGUCCUCGCCCUCAGCAUGACCGCUGAGAAGUGCAGGGAACUUGUUGGAAAGGAGGCUGCAUCAAAGAGUGGGCAGUUCACAUUCCUGAACUGUUUCGAUAUGGGCUCAGGCAGCUUUGCAUGCGCAGGGAAGGAGGGGGUCAAGCUGUAUGUCAACAACCUCCGAAGUGCACACAUGGAAAAGGUGCGGCAACGAGCCAUUGAGAAAGCGUUAGCUGAUGCUGUGAUGGAAGGCCUGAGUCCUGCCGAGGCAGCCAAGCAAGCUCAGAAGGUUGGUGCAAAGGCGACAAAAGUGGCUGCUCGCCAAGCCAAGAGGAUAUUGGGGCCAAUAAUCUCCUCUGGCUGGGACUUCUUUGAAGCAAUGUACUUUGGCGGAAGCAUGACCGAGGGUUUUCUCCGGGGCACCGGCACCUUAUUCGGAACCUAUGUAGGUGGCUUCCAUGGCGAGGAGAGGUUGGGAAAGCUCGGCUAUCUUGCUGGAAGCCAGCUAGGCAGCUGGGUCGGGGGAAGAAUUGGGCUGAUGGUCUACGACGUCAUCAACGGGUUGAACUACAUGCUCCAGUUUGUCCGCCCAGAGCAGUACCAGUCAUCAGCUUAUGCUUCGGCAGAGGCUUUGGAGUUCGCAGAUAACUAUAGGAGUGCCGAAGGAGAGGAGCCGACGUACGGUGAAAUGGCAGAAGAGGAGCGGACGUACGGUGAAACGGCAGAAGAGGAGCCAACAUACGAUGAAACGGCAGAACAGGAGCCGACGUACAGUGAAGCAGCAGAAGAGGAGCAGCGGCAGGAGGAGUCGCAAGGUUUCAGCUUUUUCUGAGACUACAAGUCGUCGACAUCGGACAGAACUUACAAAAGUUAGGGUGAAAUUUGCAGCAAUGAAUACUUAGCUUGUUCAGUUAUAUGACAUGUCCUGCUCCGUUUUCUUUCCAUGGUUCGAAGAUGAUACAGUUAGACACGAUUCUUCUUCUCUGUAAUCUUAUUUGGUCACUUGUAUAUAAACAUUCCCUUGUAAAAUUUGUGGUACUGUCCUGCUGAAUUGUUUGAACGGCAGCGACACUGAACAUGAACAGAGAACACGUCGGACA